GCAGCGAUGCUGAGCGGAGAUCCCACAGGAGGGUCAUGUCCCUGUUAGGGUUUACACGAGGAGGAAGGGUCUCUUUGGACAGGUGAAUUGGUUUGUGAAGCGAAACAGACAGAACCCCCUUCCAUGGCUCCACCAAACACCCGCAAGGAUGCCAAUACUUGGCCAAGCAUGCCCUCAACUUUCUGGGCGGUGAUUAUCCUGGCUAGCCUCCUGAUCGCAUACUGCAGUCAACUUGCUGCAGGCACUUGUGAGAUAGUCACCCUGGACAAAGAUAGCAGUCAACCACGAAGGACUAUAGCCAGACAAACUGCUAGGUGUGCAUGUAAAAAGGGGCAGAUUGCCGGCACAACAAGAGCAAAACCAGCCUGUGUGGAUGCACGGAUUGUAAAGACUAGACAAUGGUGUGAAAUGCUUCCCUGUUUGGAAGGAGAAGGCUGCAAUUUGUUAAUGAAUAAAUCAGGCUGGACCUGCACACAGCCAGGUGGGCGAAUAAAGACAACUACGGUAAGGCAGGGAUCCGAUCGACAGACUAACCAAGUCUCCUGACAAAUGCAUCAAGAAAGAAUCCUUUUAGGAGCAGCUUAGAACUCUGAGUGACCUAUUUACCCUAGCCACGUUCUUCUGCUGCAGACUGUCACCUGGUAUACGUUAUUUCCUCAAUUUUCUUUGACUGUGAGUCAAAGGACACAAUCCCAUCUCUGACUUUAGAGCUGAAAUUUCAUUCAUUCUGAAGAUGAACAGGUGCAACACGUAGAUGACUGAGCCAAUCCUGGAUGGCAGCAAUGUUGACCAUGUUUGGAACUCCUUGUCCCUACAUUUCAGCCGAAGUUGGACUUGCCUUUGCCCUGUUGAUGUUGCAACCCAGACAGCCUGUUUUACAGAAGACUGAACUAUUUUUAUCAGUCCUUAGCAGGUGAUGAAUCUUAGCUUCAGGUGGGACAUUAAAAGAGUUACAGAAGGCUCCUCAAACAAAGACACUGUGCUUUUAUGCGUGUAACUCUUUCUCUGACGUCUAUACAUCUAUUUCCUCAUCGUUGUUCACAAAACAGUAGACCAAAGAACACACGGAGAAUGCUGAAGUGGACACUAUCUCAUUGUGAAUGAGCUUUACUGGUUUCGAUUGUAGUGAGUUUCUGAUGGAUUUUGAUUCAGUUUUUCUUUCCUAGAGCUGAAAUAAAUCAUUACUGGCUAGGGUAAAUUCUUUAUUGGGAAAAAAAAAUAAAGGGAGUCCUGAUGUAAGAUGUCUAAGGAUCUAAUGGAGCAUGGAGAUAAAAUAGUUUAUUUCCUGUCACAAAAAAGACACAUAUGAACAUUUGCGCUGGGAGGAUAUCUUAGUCUCCUGUUUAGUUUGGCUGACUUAUUUCUCAUUCUUAAGUCAUGUUGUAUUUCAACCAGAAAGAAAGAACAAAAAAAGUGAACCCUUUGCAGCUCUUUAUUUUCUUUCCCAGCACAAUAGUAGCUACUGUCCAACAACAUUCGCAAUGAGCAUGUCUGGCUACCUGCAGCCUGUGUCACAUUUCAAUCAACCAUCUACCGCGAGAAAUAAAAAAAAAGAUCACAUUAGAGGAGAAAGUAACAUUUCUUGAAAACAGGAUCAUUAAAUGUAUUUUGAGAAACCUAAAGUUAUAUAUUUAACAGUUUUUAUAUGUUGUAUCUUUGUAGAAAAUCUUAUUUAACAAAUAAUGUGGUCGUACUAUGCCAGCCUUGAAAGCAGUCAAGAGUUGUGUUUUAACUUCUGGUAUCUGUCAAAGAGAUGAUUGGUGUAUUUUUUCCUUUGGACCAUUCUGGAUCUGAAAACUGACCACAAAGAACUCUGUAGAAAAAAAAUGCUGUUUAUACAUCAAUACAUUCAACCAUUGCACUGUAGGAAGGCAGUUCAUUUCUUUUAUGUACUGGUAUAAUAGAGUGGAAAACAUUGUAAACUUUGCUAUCAGUACUGGUUUUCAUUUCUCCCCCUUUUUCUCGUGGUUGACUCUUACUAAAUUGGAUUUCUGAGCUAUUCUAAAGUUGUACAAUACAAGCUCUCACUGGAGUUUUGUUGAAAAACAGUGGGCAGGACUAAUCAUUAUCCUGUUCUCUCAGAUCCACUGAAAUAAUACUCUUUUUUUGCUAUUAUACACAAAAUGAGAUAUGUCUGACCUAAAAUGUGAGUUGCUAAUUUACUACAACAGAGCAGCCAAAGUCUAGGUCAGUUUUUAAACAGUAAAUUCUUGUUACAGCCUAUAUUUGUGUUCUAUAAGUUGAAAGCCAUUGUAUUUGCCUCCAAAAGAAUCUUGAACUUCUUUAGUUCAAAAAGCAGACACUCAACUUGCUGGCUCACUUACAUUGAAAACAGAUGAUUGUACAGUCCACUAUGAAACUGGUUUUCUUUGAACUUCACAUUAGUCUGAAUAGUAAGCAAGGUAAAAGACCAAAGCUUGAAUCUGAAAUUAAAUUUUCCCUUGUCUGUCAAGAUAUCAAUGAGCAACAGAAAAUUCAGAUGUCAUUUGGUUUUGAUUUCAAUCAAUGUAGAUCUAGUUUAAAAUAAUCAGUAAAGUAUAGACUUACUUACCUACCUACUGCCCAUUACGCCACUGGCGUUUAGGGCAGCAAUGAAGGUUCUCCAUCUUUGGUGGCACUUAGGUCUUCCUUCAUUGUAUCAGUAGCUCAGUUUUCACUGCUAUCAGUUAUGCAAGUCCCGGGUGGAGACUCAGGAAUACCAUCACACUCAGAUGUAGAAGAAGAAUUCUUGUUGUUUCCCUAAGAGUUUUGUUUUACUAGUAAAGCCUAUUAGCCCUGAGCUGAAUCUCUGAAUCUAGACGUCUUAGUCUGGCCUCUACCCUUUGACCUGUUUGACAUGGGUGACCCUACCAAGAGCCAAAGCAUAAAGCCCUGAUUCCAGCCAACAUAGAUCUCCAGGUCAUUGAGGCACGCAAGCCUCCAAACCCUGUGACAACCUGUGACAAGGUUGUGGUCCUCUUGGAGGACAGACUUACAUGCUGGAAUGUUAUUCAAGGGUUGUUCCUGAGCAGGUAAGACUAAAUGUUGGCCUAUUAGUAAUAUUAAGAUAAAAUUGCUCACAAAACUUGAGGAUCCAUCAUUUUUCUAAGGUGGCAAUAAAUAAGGUUCAAACAGCAGUAUUAUUUGAAGCAAAUGCAGUUUGAAAUUGAAUGAUUUAUUUCAUGGAAUUAAAAACCUUUAAUCUAAUCAUAUU